AUAAAUCAAAUUAAUCACAAAUUAUUAUUUUUAUCAUGAUCAAUAUCAAUGUUGUGAAAAUCGAAUGAGGCGGCCGCCUUGAGGCGCGCCUCAAGGCGAGGCGGUGAUAAACCCGCACCGCACAUACGCCUUUAUGCAUAUUUUACAAAUUAGCGCCUUAGUGCAAUUGAGGCGCCGCCUCAAGGAAUCAAAUUAUGAAUGCGGCGGUAAUAAAUAAGUCAACUUUUAACCUAUCACAGCCGCAAUUAUUGACCUCUUUUAUUCUCUUAUUUCCAAGUUCUAUAUCAGCCGCAACUUUAUCUAAGUGGGCCUUAAAAAUAUUAUAGUUUAACCCUAAUGUAUUGAAAGUAUAAAUAAGAAUAUUCUUGAGAUACAAGCACUUGACAAACAGCAGCAAACUAGAGCAGCAGCAGUCAGUUUCCUCAUUGUUCAACAUCAGAAUUUGGCGGCUGAAAAUUGAAGUGUAAGUUCAAUUUUUAUUAUUACUACUAUGAAGCAUGAUAUAUUAUUAAAUUCACCAUUCAACAUAUAAUUUAACAAGCAUUCAAAAUUAAUUAAAUUUUCUGUUCAACACUAGUGCACGAAGCAUGCAAAUUAUUAUUACUAUUUUUUUUAUCCUUAUGUUAGUUUCGUUAACAAGCAUGCAAAGUUAAUAAAUUUUUUCAUUAAACACGAGUUCACGAAGCAUGCAAAUUAUUGUUACUAUUUUUAUUUUUUAUCAUGUUAGUUUCAUUAAUCGGAGCAUGUAAAGCUAGUUAAAUAUUCCAUUAAAUACGAGUUCAUGAAGCAUGCAAAUUAUUGUUACUAAUUUUUUUUAUCAUCGUGUUAGUUUUAUUAAUCGGAGCAUGUUAUUAUUUUAAAUCAGAUUUAAUAAAUAUUGAUAUUAACUUGAUUAUAUCAAUUUUGUUAGGAAUUUCAAUCAUGAGUCGAAAGGAUCCAACCUAGAAGUAUGGGACAGAAAUUCCAAAUCCAACUGGAAAACCACAUAAGUAUUUUGAAUGCAAUUUUUGCAAACAACAUAUUAAAGGUGGCGUUGCAAGAAUGAAGGAUCACCUUACUUGGACCCAUAGGAAUGUGAAAGCUUGCCCAAAAGUUCCUGAUGAAGUCAAACAGGAAAUUUUGGAUUAUUUGAAGAGGGGGACGACAGCUAAGGAAAAGCGACAGGAAAAAUUUGAUGAUAUGGUUGAUUCUGGAGCAUAUUUCCGUGGCAAUUCAAAUCCUGCAUAUGAAGUUACCGAUGACACAAGAAGCAUAAGAGGGUCGAUGGAUAAGUUUCUUGUGCAUGUGGAUGAUGACACUGAUGGGUGUCCAGAUAAGCAGGCUGCAAAUCUGCCAUAGGAUAUGUCUCUCCAUGUCAAAGAAGCAAGAAAUCACGUGGCAAUGGAUAUUGGACGAUUUUUCUUUGAAAAUGGGAUUUCGUUCAAUUGUAUCGAGUCUCUAUCAUUUGUCAGCAUGUGUAGGUCCAUCGGAUUGUAUGGAAAAGGUUUGAAGGUUUCUUCUAAACAUAAGUUGAGUACGUGGAUUUUGAAGGAAGAAGUCAAGACAACGGACGUGAUUGUUGAUGAUAUCAAAAGAUCUUGGAUACAAACAGGUGUAUCCAUAUUAUCUGAUGGAUGGAAAGACAUGAGAGGGAGAAGCUUGAUCAAUUUCCUAGUCAACAACCCCCAUAGUACUGUGUUUUUAAGGUCUAUUGAUGCUUCAGACGCCGUCAAAGAUGCCAAUUUGCUAUUUCAGCUUUUAGAUGGGAUUGUGGAGGAAAUUGGAGAGGAACUAGUGGUUCAAGUUGUGACUGAUAAUGCUAGCAACUAUAAGGCUGCCGGAAAACUAUUGAUGGAGAAGAGGAAGAGUCUUUAUUGGACACCAUGUGUUGCGCACUGUAUCGAUUUGAUGUUUGAGAAGCUAGGAGAGCUACCUCAACACAAGAAUGCAUUGAUGAAGGCAAGGAAAGUGAGCAACUUCAUCUACAAUCAUGGAUUGGUGUUGGCAAUGAUGAGAAAACACACGGAUAGAGAGCUUAUUCGUCCGGCAACGACGAGAUUUGCUACUACUUUUUUGGCAUUGGAGAGUAUGAUGGAGUUGAGGCAACCUCUACAAGCUAUGUUUACAUCUGCUGAUUGGGAAAGGACUACAUGGGCCAAGAAAAAUGAUGGAAAAGAGAUUAAAAAGAUAAUCUUAAGUGAUCAGCGAUUUUGGCGUGCUGUUUAAUAUGCCUUAAAUACUACAAGGCCAUUGGUGAAGGGCUUAAGAAUGAUGGACGGUGAACAAAUGCCUGCAAUGGGAUUUAUCUAUGGUGCCAUGGACACAGCGAAGGAGGAAAUUGCCAAAAAUGUGGGGGGUCAGCUUGGGGAUUAUAAAGAGAUAUGGGAUAUAAUUGAUGCCAAAUGGGAUAAUCAAUUGCAUCAUGAUUUACACGCUGCGGCAUACUUUCUAAAUCCUUGUUUUCAAUAUGGUGAAAAUUUCUCCAAACAUCCUAAAAUUAAGAAGGGUUUAUUUUGUUGCAUGGAGAAAUUAAUUCCACCUGCCGAUCAAUUGCAAGAUGAUCUUCAAUUGGAUAAUUUUAGAUCGUGUUCUGGGCUUUUUGGACGAUACGUACGCAGCAUUGGCAAGUUUCAAAACAAGAACCCCCAGUAAGUUUUUUUUUUUUUCAAAUUUUCGUAUGUUACUUUUGACCAGCCAAGUAUCACAAAGUCAAUUUAUUUUCUGGAAGCUCGACUAGUUAAUUGUUAACUAAGGGAAUUUCAAGUUAAGUACAUUUGGGGCUGGAAAGUAGUAAUGAUGUAAACUUAUGUAUGUGCACACGAUGAUGUAAACUUAUGUGUGCAUGAUCACUAAUCACUAACCUGCCAAGUAUAUAACCUACCAAGUAUCACAAAUCACUAAUAUAUGCUAGCCUUAAAAUUCGGUGUAUUCUUUUCUUUUCUUUUUAAAUUUUAAUUUACGUGUAUUACUUUUGUAUAUUAUGCUAGCCUUAAAAUUCUAUUAUAUCACUCUAGUGUAUUUUGAGGAUCUUUAUUCUUCCUAAUAGGAAAUUGGUGGACUCAAUAUGGAGAUGAGACCCCUGAGCUACAAAGUUUUGCUGUCAAAGUAUUGAGUUUGACAUGUUCAGCUUCAGCGUGUGAACGUAAUUGGAGUAUGUUCAACCAGGUAUUAUUUUUAUUACUAUUUUCUUUUUUAGUAAUUCUGUUAAAAAUCUGAAAAUUAUUUAUUUUAAUUAAUAAUUAUAUAAUUCUAAUUUUAUAGGUUCACACGAAGAAGCGAAAUCGUUUGACUACACAAAAGCUCAACUCCUUGGUGUACAUCAUGUAUAAUAGGAGGUUGAGAGGAAAAUACGUCAAAUUGACAAGUAGGGGUGAAGAGAUAGACCCAUUGGAAGUUGAUAAUUUGGCUUCGGAUGAUGAAUGGUAUGUUGGUGGAGAGGAUGAGGCAAAUGAAAAUCCUCCAAUUAAUAUGGGUGCAAGUGCAAUUACACAAAUGAAAAUGACUAAGGAAAAUGCAUCUUCAUCAAGGACAAGUCAGAAGAGAAAGAAGAGCACAAAUUCAAAAGGUAAAAUUUAAUUAUUAAGUUCAAGUGAAUAUGAAAAUUUAUUAUUAUUCUUAUUCUCUUCAUAUAUACUUAUAUUGAAUGUAACUUAGGUAAAAAUAAGAGAGUCAUGCAUUUGAUCGAUGAGGAUGAGAGCGAGGAAGAGG